AGUCAGUUACGCCAUCUACAACUUUGCAAUAUUUGUCCUAGUAGACUGAUGGAUGGAACUUGGAAGUUUCGUUCGUUCGUUGUAUCGAUUUUUUGAGUGAAGUGAACUAGUGUUCGUGUCCUUUAGUUUAGUGACGUUUGUUAGAAAAAUAUCUGUGAAUGGGAUUGUGUAACGAGAUAAAACGUUUAUUUGGUGUGUGAUUUUCUAUAAAGGAUGACGAAGGACAGGUUAGCGGCGCUUCAAGCGGCGCAAAGCGACGAUGAUGACGUCGGGCCUGACGAUGUCAACGUUCCCGUCGAAGGCGGCUUCAUGGACGAAUUCUUCAGUGAGGUGGAAGAGAUACGAGAAAUGAUAGACAAGAUCCAGGCUAACGUUGAAGAAGUAAAGAAGAAGCACAGUGCCAUUUUAUCAGCGCCGCAAUCAGAUGAAAAAACAAAGCACGAAUUAGAAGAUCUUAUGGCUGAUAUCAAGAAAACUGCCAACAAAGUCAGAGGAAAGUUAAAACACAUAGAGCAAAACAUCGAACAGGAAGAGCACUCCAACAAAUCGUCCGCCGAUCUCAGGAUAAGAAAGACCCAGCACUCGACCCUUUCGCGCAAGUUCGUGGAGGUGAUGACCGAGUACAACCGCACCCAGACCGACUACCGAGACCGGUGCAAAAACAGGAUACUCCGACAGCUUGAGAUCACCGGCCGUGCGACCACCGAUGAUGAACUCGAGGCUAUGCUGGAGCAAGACAAUCCCGCUGUAUUCACACAAGGGAUAAUAAUGGAGACACAACAGGCGAAGCAAACCCUGGCGGAUAUCGAAGCGCGACAUGCUGAUAUUAUUAAGUUAGAAACAUCGAUCCGCGAGCUACACGACAUGUUCAUGGACAUGGCUAUGCUCGUCGAAAGUCAGGGUGAGAUGAUCGACCGCAUUGAGUAUCAUGUAGAGCACGCUGUGGACUAUGUCCAAACUGCCACACAAGACACAAAGAAGGCCCUUAAAUAUCAGAGCAAAGCUCGACGGAAGAAGAUCAUGAUCCUAGUGUGCCUGCUCAUACUCGGCCUCGUGGUCGUCGGCUACGUGUCUAGCUACUUCGUACUAAUCCCAAGUUACCCCUUUCGCAGGACAGUGAAGCAAUGAAACAGAUAAUGCAACAAUUUGGUGCCUGCAUCCCGCCUGGCAAUCAACACCUGUCUGCCGAAUUCAUCACUAACAUACGCUCUUAUUAUUUAUCGUUAGAAUUUUUAUUAAUAAGGUUCAAAUUAUAUUAUAUUAUCAUCUGAAUUAUAUCGUCCCGCCUGGGGCAGUGUUUAGCUGUUAUCUUGUUGAAUUUUGGUCAUUAUCAAGUAAUCAUUGACCGCUAAUUAUUCCGUAAAUGUUGCUAGCAAAAAUAUAGUUAUCUAUUUAAUCGUUAUUUUUUUUAUUACUGUAUUAUGCAACCUUUUUACUCACUUAUAAUACUUAUAAGAAAUAUGAUGAUUUUAUUUUAAAAUUUCAAAGUGUUUUUUAAAUAGUUUAUAGUAACUUAAAAUGUGUUAUUGUAAAUACGAGUACCGUGCUCCGUUCGUGUUAUCAAAAACAUCUUGAUUUUAGGUUUUUAAUAUUUUUAAAAGGUUGCAAAAAUUAUUCUUCAUUCAAACAUUUUAUAAACAGUUAACCAUGAAUAUUAUAUCUAGAAGGUACAGAACAUGUUUAAGUAGUUCUUGUAUAACGAUAUUUAAACAAUACUCUCAAACCGUACUCCGUAUCAAGCUCCUAGUUUACUUGCCUUCAAUAAACAACAUAUUGCCUGAGGAAUUAGUCGUAAUACGUUUAUAUAAUAAGUAAAAAGUUGGUUAAACUGAUUGAAAGCUUCGCGGUUAGUAGCGAGUUCAGACAUGGUAUGUCGGUCCAUACCUGUGAUACAAUCUUUAAUAUCCAUUAACAACUACAUUAUAAUAAUCGUCAUUAAAUUAAUUACAAUCAGUAUUUUGAAAUUGUGUAGUGGCGAAGAUUGGGUGCCACGGUUUUUUCGAGUUCAGACUGCGAAUGAUUUCUUACGGGAAGUCGUAUCGAAUAGUAUAUUGGAUUAUCGGUGUACGUGAACGACACAUAGGGCACGCGAUUGGAAUGACGGUAAGGCGGCGGGAGAUGAUCGAACGAAACAAUAUUUGUACUCCAGUAAAAUACAAAAAUAAAAAUAAAUGUUAUUCUCUUUUACAUGGUUGGAUAUAUUGUGACAGUUAUUUGAUUUUCCGAAUAUUACAACUGUUCUGAACGAUCUUCGUUACAGAUAAAAUAUAUCAAUAUUUCGAUUAUUCGUUGAUGUAGACGCGGUGUAAAUGGCGCCCGAUGAUUGGUCGGCCGAAUGUCCGCAGUGUUAUCGUUGCUCCCGCGGCCAACCGUAAAAAAGCAUAUCGUGCCGCGUGCCGUCGCCGUAGCAAUAAUGAUGUUCGACUACAAUUUGUAAAAUUGUUUUAAAACUUUCGAAUGUGUGAUAGUAGAUGCAGUUGUUGUUUAGUUAAUUCUAACAUGUAAUAAUAAUUAUAAAUUAAUUGUUAUCGUGAGUGUAACAUUUAUUAUCAAGUAAGAUUUCAUUAUAGUGAAUAUGGUCACUUUUGAUGCUUACGUACGAUCAGAUAUAGACGAACGGAUGGGAAGACGUUUGUGUUUUCUUUGUUUUACUUAACAUUUAAGAUGCUCUUCGUUGUACAGUAAAACAUAAUGUAGCAGUUUUAGCUAGGGUAAAUUUUUUAAUAAAUUAAAAUUACCGUCUUCAGCAAUAUAAGUGUAGCAUAUCGAGCAGUUUUCUUUUUAAAACCGAACACAUUAGAAAACGACUUCUCGAAAAUUUAAGCACUAAAAUGUUACAGUUCUUAGCGUUUUCCUAAUAUAAUAAUAAUAAUAUAUUUGCGUGAAUAAUAAAUAUAUUAUAGUGAGAUUUCCGAGGCGUGCUGUUAAUAUAAAACAUUUCGAGGGGUGAUGGGGAUUGGGCAGUAAAUAACGGUACUAAAUAACCCGAACCCCGUCGCGUCCUCGAGUCAAAUAGUGACCUAUGUUCGGUCGCAUAUAUAAGGAAAUGAAGCAAUGUUAAUUUAAACAUUAAUAGCAUAAUUAGAUUUUUAUCCUUAAGAGUAGGAUUUCAUCUAGUUGCCUUCGUAAUAGUAGAGAAAUUAGGUGAUACCUUUUUCUCGUUAGCUUUAUUAUAAAGUGGUGAGGCCAGUCGCAUGUCUAUUCGCCAGUCAAUUGUCUCGCUUGUCGCGCCGGACGCGUCGUGCGCCCGCUUCUCACCGCUGUUUCCUCUAUCGUGUACGUGUAUUUACAUCGCAUUCAAUCUAGCUAGAUGCAUCGUCUCAUCGUAUCUAGGCUAAGUAUAACAAUGGCCUCGGAGCGAGGCCGUGUACCUGACACCAAUCUAACAUUAAUGAAUUUAGUGAAACUCAAUGCGCCCGUGCGCGCAAUAUUACGCUUUUAUGCAAACGUACUUUCGCACAAGUCACUCGAACGGUGCGGAAGCUGCCGUUUCUGGAUUCGAUCCGGUUGAUCCUGUACUCAUUUGUAAUAUAUUUUAGAGGUAGUCGAAACACAAAUUCUAGUCAGCUUUCAUUGAUCUCUAUUAUUCCGAUAAUCUUAAUCGUAAUUACAGUUAUAUUCUUCUGUUACUAGUAUAUACUGUAAGUGAGGUUCUCGUGUUCAAACGCCGACAGCGGGAAUCGCACGCGCCUGAGGUCCAUCCCAUGGGCUACUCCUCAGAGUCUGACCAGGUCGCUUUCGAUUCCCGCCUGCCAGAUAUAUAUAUGCGUUCUAAUCAAUCUUAAUAAUAUUAUAACGCAUAGAUAUUUUCAUAAUCAAUAGUAUGCAUAUUGUUAUUGGAUUGCUAAUUUUGUAUACCUACGUACACAAUUAGUAUAGUUUAUAUACUUAUGUGUCAAUUCUUAUAGCGUUUUAUUACAUUAACAGAAAAUAGAUAGUAAGUGUUAAAAUAAUCCGACUAACAAUGUUGUUUAUCAAGCUAUUUUAAACUAAUUAUGUUAUAUUUCUGUUUAUUAAAUAAAAUCAUUGUUUUAAUGAAGUAUGCGUUACUUUGGAUUAUCAAAGAUAUGCAGUCUUCAUAUUGUCUAACAAAAAUCUACAUAAUCAUAAGUAUGUAAUUGUAUUUAUCUAAUUCGAAUUGGUAGCCCUUUUAAAAGACUUGAAAUCGUAAUUCUUCUAAAAUAAUGUUCUUGCUUUGUGAAUUUAUCAGACAACGAACACAUUCCAAGUAUUAUAUAUAAUAUAAGCAUAUCUGUAAUAACAAAUUCACUUUCAAAUUUGCAAUUAAAUCAUUCGUGAAUCGAUUGUGAUGAUAAUGCCAUUCCACUUUGCUAUUUAUAUUUCUGAUAUUUAAAUUUGAACAUUAAUGUGUGGGAAAUCUUUGUGGAUUUGUCCAUUGGGCAAAAGGGUUUCGUCUACGUUAAGAUGUAGGCUCUUGAUCAUAGAACCCUAAUGCCUAACAGUAGAGUCGCUAGACAAGAAUUCGUAGUUUAAACUCUUCACAAAACUCGAAAGUUCGCGCUUCGUUCUUUUAACGUAUUGAUGUUGCUUGCCGUUAAAUAAUGUCAAACAUUGAAAUUAAAUAAAAAGUAUAUAAUAAUUAAACCGUGUUAUUUUGUACAUGUUUAGUCGAAAUUGUUAAAAUAGUUUAGUUCUUAGUUUUUAUGUUUAUAUAUUUAUAUUAUGUAAAAAAGUAAAUACUUAUAUGAUUGAAAUAUCCCCCCUUUAUGGCAAAUUUCUUGUAAUCUUGUAAAGGAAUAUUUAUUACCGUUCAAAAGUAAUGUAUUAACGAAUUAACAGUGAGGUUCUGGAUACACGUUGUAAAAUUCAAGUUAGAUUGGUUUUAUAGUCAUUCUGUAUGUAGGUUAUCAAUCUGAAAUUUUCUCAUAAUUAUAAAAUAAACGGUGUUUUCUGCUGUGAA